UGCUACGAUGCCAAACAACUCAUCCGGCCAUCCACUUCGCCAUACGGUGCCCCAGUACUCUUCACACCGAAACCGGACGGAAUACCUGCGCAUGUGCAUCGACUACCGAGAUCUCAACAAGCAGACCAUCAAGAAUAAAUGUCCGAUACCACGAAUCGAUGACCUGCUUGACCAGCUUCGGGGAGCUACGGUAUUUUCCAAACUGGAUCUACGGUCCGGAUACUGGCAGGUACGAAUGGCGGACAACUCCAUCCACAAAACUGCUGGCCGAACUCGGUACGGAUCGUACGAGUGUUUGGUCAUGCCGUUCGGACUCACCAACGCACCAGCAACAUUCCAAGCCAAGAUGAACCACAUCCUAUGCCCACUUUUGGACAAAUGCAUGGUGGUGUACCUGGACGACAUCCUCAUCUACUCGUGCGACAUGAAGCAGCAUGUCGAACACCUGCGAUGCGUCUUCGAAAUUCUUCGACGAGAACGAUUCUACGUCAAACUGUCCAAGAGCGAAUUCGCCCUUGAGAAGGUCCAGUUCCUAGGACACGUGGUGAGCGCUCAAGGAGUUCAUGUCGACCCCAAGAAAAUCGAAGCCGUACGUACAUGGAAGACACCCGAGAACGUGAAAGAGUUGCAGCAGUUCCUAGGCUUCGCUAAUUACUACAACAUGUUCGUGCCACAGUAUGCGAAACUUGCAGCACCACUCACGAAUCUGCUGAAGAAGAACACGCCCUACAAAUGGGAGCCGAAGCACCUGGAAGCCGUGGAGCACCUGAAACAUGCACUCACGUCCGCACCAAUACUCAUCUUGCCAGAUCCCGAACGCGAUUACGUAAUCGAAGCUGACGCCAGCGACCAAGCAGUGGGAGCAGUCUUGAUGCAAGACCAGGGGAAUGGACUGCAACCAAUCGCCUACCUCAGAAAGAAACUGCACGGGGCAGAACUAAACUAUCCGAUACACGACAAAGAGGCCCUUGCCAUCGUCACCGCCUUCAAACCUCUUCCUGUCCCAGAACAACCAUGGCAAGUUGUUAGCUUGGAUUUCAUCACCGGGUUACCACCUACCACCAGCGGUCAUGACGCAAUCCUUGUCGUCAUCGACAAGUUCUCCAAAAUGGGACACUUCAUCCCGACACACACGACAGCACGCACUGAAGAGACAGCACAAGUCUUCGUGCAAUACAUCAUCUCACAGCAUGGCAUUCCAACCACACUUAUCUCCGACCGAGACCCUAAGUUCACCAGCAAGUUCUGGAAGGAACUUAUGUCUCUACUCGGGACCAAACUCGCCAUGUCAUCUGCUUACCAUCCGCAGACAGACGGACAGACCGAGCGCCUCAACCAGAUUGUUGAGCAACUCCUCCGAGCAGCCUGCAAGGACGAGAUCUCCAAAUGGGACCUGCACGUUCUAGAGUUUGCUUACAACAAUGCUACACAUGCCCCUACUGGACAGACUUCGUUCUUCCUCUGUUACUGACGCCACCCACUCACACCACAGAA